GAUGGAUUCAUUGUAACAAUAUCCCAAAAUAAGAGAAUUAAGCAGGUGUCACAGAACCUCAGCUGUAGCAAAGCACAUAUAGGCAGAAAUGAUAGGAAUGUGUUUAUUUCAACAAACUGGAUUUUUAAGCAGAAUGAAACGGUAUUUUCUAUGGGGAGAGAUGAUGGAAUGGGACAGGGAGUGAGCACCCAUAGCCGUGACUGCAGGCUGAUUACUGGGUGUCACUAACAACUAGCACUGAUAGGAAGAGAGAUCUCGCAUGAGACCUGCCCCCCCUCCUCCUGUCUCGCAGCUACGCUCCAACCACUCCUUUACUUUCACUUUCACUGGGCAAAGGCCUGAGAGAGGGACAAGAAGAACGAGUGAAGUCGCUGGGGAUAAAGAAGACGUACAAAAGCAAUAGGAAAAGCUCAGCUAGAAGGUAAAAAUGUCGUGGAGCAAACAGACAGCGGUGGGGAUAUUCUCCAGGAGUGGGGAAGAUGAAUACCUUUGGCUUGUCAACGCUCUGCGGGAUGAUACCAACAUCUGCCCCCAGCCCUUUGUCAUUACCAACUCCAACGCCUCCGCUUUUAGGGAAUCCGUCCGUACUAACACCUCUGCCAUUUUGUAUCACUCCAUUAAAAGAGGGAGGCUCAAUAUCACCGACGUGACUGAUUCUCUGUAUGACGAUGAGCUGCAAGUUCUAUCCAGCAUUCUCGGGAAAGACAAAGUGAUGGUAAUUGCUGAUGACAUAGAUGACAGCAGUCAUAAUGCAAAGAACAGAAUUCUUCAUAGUCAACCAACCAUCAAACUCAAAGCCCGGGAUCUAUUCCUGUUCAGCAGGGAGGACAAGACUAAUUACAACAUAUUGAUAAGCAAAAUGGCACCCAUAAAAGAAAUAAUUACUGCAGCUUCCCACAAGAGUAUAAACAUGCUUUCUCUUCUCUUUGCUUGUACAAUGGUCUCCCUGUGGCUCAGACGGAAUAUACGAGUGCCAGAUAUCUCUCAUAUCCUGUCUCUCGUAUCCUAUGUGCCUAACCUGGUCACCUUGGGAUGUGCAUGCUCUGACCCAAGAGUUAAGAAACUUCUGGUUCUGGCUGGCGUCUUGGUUUUGUCCUGGUACCUCUUCCUGCUCCCUGAUAAAUCAGUUUUCUUUUCUAUGGGUUUGAUUAUCACAACUAUUGCUGUAGGAUCUUUACUCAUCAUCUCCGCAAGCAAUUCUCAUUCCAUGCUGGUGAUGCUCAUAUGGCUUGUAGUGACCUACCUGGAAAUGAAUAUCAUUCUUUGGAUGGAAGUUGCAUCAUAUUACGCUACUCUUCUGGUUCUGGCUGGCGUCUUGGUUUUGUCCUGGUACCUCUUCCUGCUCCCUGAUAAACCAGUUUUCUUUUCUAUGGGUUUGAUUAUCACAACUAUUGCUGUAGGAUCUUUACUCAUCAUCUUCGCAAGCAAAUCUCAUUCCAUGCUGGUGAAGCUCAUAUGCGUUGUAGUGACCUACCUGGAAAUGAAUAUCAUUCUUUGGAUGGAAGUUGCAUCAUAUUACGCUACUAUUCUUCUUACAUUUCUAUCUAGUGGAAUAGCCGUGUUGAUUAUUGCCAAAAGAUUCAACUCCAGUGCACGUGUCUCUCAUGAAGUCAACUAUCCUGACACGCUUCUUGCUGGCGUCUUGGUUUUGUCCUGGUACCUCUUCCUGCUCCCUGAUAAAUCAGUUUUCUUUUCUAUGGGUUUGAUAAUCACAACUAUUGCUGUAGGAUCUUUACUCAUCAUCUUCGCAAGCAAUUCUCAUUCCAUGCGGGGGGUGCUCAUAUGGGCAGCUUUAGUUACCUACCUGGAAAUGAAUAUCAUUCUUUGGAUGGAAGUUGCAUCAUAUCACGCUACUAUUCUUCUUACAUUUCUAUCCAGUGGAAUAGCCGUGUUGAUUAUUGCCAAAAGAUUCAACUCCAGUGCACGUGUCUCUCAUGAAGUCAACUAUCCUGACACGCUUCUUGCUGGCGUCUUGGUUUUGUCCUGGUACCUCUUCCUGCUCCCUGAUAAAUCAGUUUUCUUUUCUCAUUCCAUGCUGGUGAUGCUCAUAUGCGUUGUAGUGACCUACCUGGAAAUGAAUAUCAUUCUUUGGAUGGAAGUUGCAUCAUAUUACGCUACUCUUCUUGCUGGCGUCUUGGUUUUGUCCUGGUACCUCUUCCUGCUCCCUGAUAAAUCAGUUUUCUUUUCUAUGGGUUUGAUAAUCACAACUAUUGCUGUAGGAUCUUUACUCAUCAUCUUCGCAAGCAAAUCUCAUUCCAUGCUGGUGAAGCUCAUAUGCGUUGUAGUGACCUACCUGGAAAUGAAUAUCAUUCUUUGGAUGGAAGUUGCAUCAUAUUACGCUACUAUUCUUCUUACAUUUCUAUCCAGUGGAACAGCCGUGUUGAUUAUUGCCAAAAGAUUCAACUCCAGUGCACGUGUCUCUCAUGAAGUCAACUAUCCUGACACGAGUCCGAGGUCUAGCAAAAAAGCAACAAUUGGAAUAUUUUCCAGAUCCAGCCCUGAGGAAUACAACUGGCUUAUAAGUUACCUGAUAAAGUCCACAGGUCACACUGUCUUACCUUUUGUCAUCACCAAUACUAACAGCUUUAAAUUCAGAGAAGAGGUGUAUCGAUGCAAUUAUGCCAUAUUGUAUCACUCCAUGAGAACAGGAAGGAUCAAUAUCACUGAUGUGACGGAUUCUUUGUAUGAUAACGAGCUGGAAUAUCUAUCAUCUGAACUAGGCAUAGACAAGGUUGCAGUAGUUGUUGAUGAUCUAGAUGACAGGAGCUCCACUGCUCGAAACAGAAUCCUAAAGAGUCAGCCUAAGAUAGCAAAUCUGGCCUGGAAUAUCUUCCUUAUAGACAAAGAAACAAAGCAGAAUAACAGUAUUAUGAGGAACUUGAUGAAUCCCAUCAAAGAAAAGUUCAUGACAGAGGGCAGUGGCCACUCCCUGGGAAGUGCUAUUGUUCCAUUUUGCUUCCUUGUUUUAUGGUUUGCUGCCAUUAUCUUUGUCAGAAGUCCUGAUGAUUUUUAUAAUAUCAUUCUUAUAGUGAUAACCAACUUGAAGGUGUCCUUUAUGAUUUACAGAGCUGCAUUUUCAGGCAGUGAUAGCCUUGCUUGCCCACUCCUGCCAUUAGUAUCUGCAGUACUUCUGGUUGAAGGCAUUGUUAUGAUUUGGGGAGUUUGGUCAGUACAGAUGGUUCCCUACACAGUGAUUGCUCUUGGGAUGGAUCUUUUGGUCAUUAUGUUAUUUAAUAAGGGGCCCCAGAUUUUCAGUGGUCAUCCAAGAAAAUGCCUAUGAUACUUGGAAACUGAUCUUCAUGCAACUAAGGCUUAUAGAGUCCUGUGCUGGAAUUAGGUUGCACAUAAAACAUCUCCAACCUCCUGUACCCUGGUAUAUAACUCUUCAGUUGCACUCUGGAUAUGGUACAGAUACCCACCUUACCUACAUUCCUUAUCUACCAGCCCCAGAUUCCACCAGCUGCUCCCAGUAUAUUACAGACAGAUUACACAUCCACACAGGAAUGGGCAGUGCAAAGCCUUAUCC